AUGUUACAAUCGUCGCAAGUUCGGUCUGGGACUGUCACAACUUCUCCUUCUGUGACCGAGGUUAGCACAGGCUCUACAGGCGCCGACGAUCUUCCUCCAUUCGCUUCAUUAACGACCGACGAGGAACGCGAGAAAAAGGCCGAACGAUCAAGUCCAGGUACUUACAAUGUGGUAGUGAACCAAGACAGUUUCCAACACCUACCCGAAUAUAGUGACGACGCCGAGUCCAGGAAGGAAUUUUUAUCGCCUUUACGGCGUGGAUCCAUUGCCACGUCACUUACCAGCAGUGCGGGUCGCGAUUCCAGCACAGAUGCGAAACCACACCCCGAAGACCCGAACGUGGUUGUCUUGCCACGGUUCGAAGAUAUCUCUCGUCGAGGAACGUUCAGCUCGAAUAACCCACGAUCGCCCUUGUCACCAACGACGAAGCAAAUCAUCAUCAAAGACGAAGUCCCCGAAGAAGCAAUCAUCUUAGAAGAGCCAGAUUUGAUGGAUGACAGAGAUUCAGCUCAAGACGCGAAAUAUCUACAUCAAUUUCGUCAUGUCGUCUGGAAACAACUUGUCCCUGCAGAACCUGAUCAGAGAAACGGGAUGAUGAGGUCGAGCGUCAAUGUCCUAGAAGCUGCUGCAAAUGCUUUUGCACCUCUCUACCACGCCAUGAUGGCCGUCGCAGCGCUUAGCUUAUCCUCACAUGGCGGAAACGAGAGACUUGAUGCAUUACAACACUAUCAAAAGGCUUUACCGGCACUACAGAACAGCCUAAGAAGCACUGAAGAUUUAUCAUCGGACGGUGCAUUCCUCACCCAUUUUGUUCUGCUAGUCUAUGAGAUUGCUGCAGCCGAAGCUGGUCACUCAAACCUGUGGUCACAGCAUCUCUCUACCCUAUUGCGUAUUUCCCUGCUACGACGUGAAGUAUUUGGUGGCGAACGGUUCCCAUACGUCGUUUGGUGGAUUUCCAACAUUGACUUGGACGCACUAUUUAGCGGAGCUGGAAGAGGUGAAUUUGUUGGGUCAAUGUUGAACCACGACAUCAUUCCACCUCCAAGCUUUCACUUAUAUCCCCUUGGCGUUGAUGGCUCGAGUGUUGUAUAUGCCAAUGAACUGGAUACUCUACCGACAAUCUUACAACUCGAUUACGAAGUUACAAUCAUCGCCGCUCGUCUGGCCCUGUUAGCUCACGAAUUUCGACAAGAUUCCGGAUAUGAUAGCUCUGAUAUGAUGGAGAAAGACCAGACUACCAGGAUAAGGCAAAGCCAAGUUUUCGAGCUUCAAGAGGCGUUACGACAAUUAUGGGUGGCGCCAGGGGUGAGCAUGAUAGGGCAUGACUUGGAAGCCCUGCCGGACCGUUCAAAACAACUAUAUGAACAUGCUGCUACUCUAUACCGAGCAUGCAUCAUUUAUUCACACUCUUCUAUGUGGCCAGGGCAACGCCUUGAAACUUCACCUGACUAUAACACCGAAAUUGCGGUUGCUUCCAAUCAGAUUUUGAACAUGACCAGGAAGGCCUUGGCUGAGGAUCGAUCGGAUUGUCGCUAUCUGGUGUGGCCUUGCUUUAUAGCGGGGUUUGCCAGCACUGAUGGCACAUACAGAAUGCAAGCCUUGGAGCUGAUUCGGACGAUGGAGAAGCACAGCAUUGGCCGCAACACGACUGUGACAAGAAAAGCACUGGCAGCUGUCUACGAACGCCAGAACGAACGAUUCAUGAACACCGGUCAGAGUUUGGAUGUGGAUUGGAUGGAAGUGAUGCAAGAGCAGGGGCUAACGGUUGUAAAUUUUGGACUUUGA